UUCUUGACUACAGGUCUUCCGGAAAUCCUCAACGGCAAUGGAGAAACCGAUAAGACGACAAACACAAUGCUCAUCGGCGAGAUCCUCACCCAAUACACCUACGACGUCGUACACGUUCAAGAGGACUUCAACUACCAUGCCACUCUUUAUGAGUACGACACUCAUCCCUACAGGACGGCCACAUCCGGUGGUGUACCAUUCGGUUCUGGUCUCAACACCCUCUCCAACUACGACUGGAUCGACUUUAGCCGUACCAAGUGGGGUGAAUGCUCCGAUGCUUCUGAAAACGACUGCUUGACACCAAAAGGUUUCACGUUCAUGAGGGUCAGACUCGAAGAGGGUGUCUAUGUCGACUUUGUCAACUUGCAUGCAGAUGCUGGAAUUGAAGAGGGUGAUGAGGAGGCGAGGACCGCGAACAUUCAGCAGGUCGCAGACUACAUUGCUACAUGGUCCAUUGGCAACCCGAUAGUCAUCAUGGGCGACACCAACUCUCGUUAUACCCGUGCCGAAGACAAUAUCCCCACCAUCGUCUCCGAAGGCGGUCUUACGGACGCAUGGGUAGAGUUCGCCGAGAAUGGAGUACCACCCGCAGCUGGCAGCGACGCCUUGAUUUGUGCGGACGAUACCAUCGCUACCAGCAUCACGCAAUGCGAAAUUGUAGAUAAGGUUUUGUACCGUGCCUCCACGAAUAUCAACCUCGUCGCUACAGGAUUCUACUACGACACCGACCGAUUCGUCAACAGCACCGGAGGCGUCCUUACUGACCACCAGGCCGUCCGGGUCGAGUUCGCUUGGACUUGGGGUACUUACCGCCAAAGUGAUCUCUACGGUGGUCCUCACGGUACUUGGUUCAAUGACGUCGGCUCUCUCCCCUCGAACCCUGCUUUGUCUUCUAUCACCCUCCACGGCGGUAACCGCCUCGACGCCGUCUCCUUUACGCUCAAGGAUGGCACUGUGCUCACCCACGGUGGCUCUGGAGGAGACGCUUCUUCCCUGACUCUCGCCUCCGACGAGUAUGUCAUCUCCGCUAAGCUCUGCUGGGGGAAGUACAACGACGAGACGCGCAACUUCUACGCUCAGCUGACGACGAGUACGGGAAAGACCGUCACUACCGGAGUGGAGACGGACGACUGUGGAACGGCGAGUGCGCCUGAUGGGUACGGGAUUGUUGGGAUGUACGGACAGGACGGCGAUGAGAUGGAUCAGUUGGGGUGGAUCUACGCCUCGAUCUAA